AUGAAGCUACCGCGAAGCAACGACGAGCUGGUGGCGUACAUGAAGAAGCACGGCAUGGUGAAAACGCCGGCUAUAAUCGAGGCGUUUCGGGCCGUGGACAGGGGAGACUUCGCCACCCCUAACCUAGGCCAGUUGGUGUACUUCAAUAGGCCGGUCCAGGACGGCGACGUCCACCUUUCGGCGCCCUUCAUCUACGCGGACGCCCUCGAAGAGCUCAGUCCCAAGCCGGGCAUGUCCUUCCUCAACAUCGGGAGCGGGACAUGCUACCUAUCGUACCUCGUCUCCAUGCUCGUCGGAGAGCUCGGCGUCAAUCACGGCGUGGAGCUGAACGAGGCCCUGCUGGAGCACUCGGCGCGCUGCAUCGCCUCGACGGACGACAGGCUCGGCCGCAAGACCGACAUACAGGUCCUCCGCGGCAACGGACUCAGCGUGGCGGUGGAGCCUGGAUGCGGGUACGACUGCGUGUACGUGGGAGCGGGCUGCGACCCGGACCUGACGUUACCGUACCUCCAGGGUCUCCUCAACGUAGGAGGCGUCAUGGUGGUGCCGUUUCGCGAGGAGCUCGUCCGCAUGGAGCGAAUGGCGGACGGGUCGUUUAGCAGCCGGGCCCUGUGCAACGUGUGCUUCUCGCCGAUAGUAAUGGUUGACACCAAGAAGGAAGGAUUCCGCGGGGCCCCGGAGCCUCCUCCGACUGUGAGGUUUGUCGUGAAGCCAUGGUCUCCCUUGUGCCACUCCGUGUACCCCCGCUCAUUCCGCGACACCGUGCUGAACGUGCUCAUGGCGAACGCUAGGGAAGACUCGCUGCCCGGCACUCUCCCGCCGGCUCUCUGGAUGGAGAUCAUGGGCUUUGCGCGGAGGGAUUGGUUCUCAGAGUCCGCCAUCAUCCAGGAGAGGGAGGCAACCGCCAGAGCCAAGAGGACCAGCGGCGGCGGCGGCGGCGGCGGCCGGAAGGGAAAAGGAAAGGCAGCCAGGGCAGACGAGGGAGGAAGCGGUGGCAGCGUCGACGCUUCUUCUUCUUCGUCUUCGAUUCUCACCUCGGGGUGUCUUGUUGGGGCGGCCAGGACGGUGGCGCUGCUGCCCGUUAGGGCUGGCAGCGCGGCGGCGACGCAGAUGGGCUGCCACGUCAGCUGAAGACGAUAUUCCCCCGAGUUGUUUCUGCGUGGUCGGGCAGCCACAAGAAAUGACAUCACACGCGCUGGCUCUUCUCCCACGUCUUCGGGGAUCUGCGAAUCAGAUUCAAGAGUUCAGGCCAUGGGUACCACGUAAGUGAAACACGUCGGGGGGCGGGGGGAUUUUCAGGGGUAGCAUCAUCGUCCAGCCCACCCGUUUACCCGCCAUACGAGGAGAAUGUCCAAAAGAAGCGCGAGGGGGGCGAAAAAGGCGGCCAGGGGAGGGAUGAAAGACGACGGCUUCGUCGGUCGGCCUGUGGUGAGGUCGGGCAUGUUUGUAUGUUCUCCUUUCUCGUGAGAGACGACCAGCAGCAAACCAAACACCGGGGGGUGAGGGAAGGAGAGAAGGAAGGUUUCUGUUGUGUACAUAAAAAAUAAUCGUUGAGACGUCGGUCAUUCCAAGCCGAGAUUACUCGGUGUCACCAACUGCGAGCAGCGUUUUUCUCGCCCCCUCAGGCAGGGGGCAGGUAUCUUAUACAUAUGAGCCCGCCGUUGGACGAUCGGUGCUAGUUUUAGGGUUGUAUAAAAGUUGCGGGGUGUGUAUGUAUGUAUGUAUGGUCGGGGUUUGACCAAUCCCUGCGCAGAACGGAGCAUCUCGCGGACAGGCCGCAAGCAAGCUCGUUUGGACGGAUUCCACGCGAAACCGGCGGCGCUGCCGAGUCUGGUCCGUUCAGGUGGUUUAUUGCCCCAGGCAAGAUUUAGCGUGCUAUUGUUCUACAUGCAUGUGCGUAUUUGGGAGUGGACAACAUUACCUGCGAGAGUGGAAGGGGUGGGGGGGCGGAUGUGGUGGGUAUCUAAAGGGGUCGACAAGAGUGUGUCUUCGCUUUUGGUUGUCUUUUGUAUCGUUUGCCUCGAACGACGUAGUAGUAUGUGUCCGCUCUCAGUUGGCACGUUCUCUCUCUGUAUUCUGUGUAUAGUUUUUUCUCCAAACGUCCCUUACUGCAUUGGUUCGGCAGGCGUGUGUGUCCUGAGCAUAUGAUGCGUGCUCCAUGUACUAUCUUACGUAUGUAUCUGUUCACGUGUUUGGCUUGGGUGCGCUCUGGCCGGCCUGGCAGCCUAGCGAAACGCUGAGCCUGUUGUUGUUUUCAAGACAAAGCCAGCGUGGGCCAAUGGGGGAACAGUGAGGUGCGGGUUUGCCGGUGCCAGCGCGUAAAUAAAUGUCAUUGGGCACAGAAAACGCCGCCACCACCACUCUACAAGAUACCUACGCCUUAGGCUUGCGUCUGUGGGGAAAUCCAAAGGGACUGCAUGGUAGGAUUUAGUGUGUAGCAUCGGGCUGAAGUGUUUUUUUUCAAAAUUUCGGACCCUCAAGUCGCAAAAUUAAUAUCAAGCUCUUUACGUGCUUGGCGCGUUCAACAGCAGCUUUCGGAGAGAGAGGUGGAAGAGGGUAACGGAGGUCGGCGACUGCUGAAGGGGGGGGGGGGGGGGAGGGUGAGAUAUGUUCAUACAUAACGUCUUGUCAGAAAAUGUCUUCACGCAGCAUGUUGGUAAAAGGUGGAGGGGAGGUCCGCACCGUCCCUGCUAUGGUCUCAGUCUUUGUUCCAUGCUCGUCUUUCUUAUAGUGUUUUUCCCUCUGGUUGGUGUUCGGUAGCGUCGUUUACUAUAUAUGGAGUGGAGUAGUAUCUGCAGAGUGUUUGGCUUCGUCCUUCGUUGUCCGUUUGGGCUUGAAUCGGCAAGCAACGACAGCAUCAGUGGGGCGUAGGUUGCGGUACGAACCGGUACGAACCGCACUACGGGGAUCUUGCGUUGUUAGCAGAGGGUUUGGGUUUGGGUUUGGGUUUGGGGGGGGGAGACGUGGCGAGAUUUUCUUCUGCCGAAAAAUGAAAUCGUUAUCGUUCGAUUGAUCGUUCGAGCGCGAACCGACGGGAGAUGAUUUUAUGCCUGUCGAAGGCCAACAAGCUUUUGACUACACGGCACACAGGUUUUUGCCCAUUUCAGUGCCUGACAACGGCCGGGACGGAGCGGGGCAGGUAACUGCAGCAACCUCAAUAUGCUGGCGAGUUCGGCCUUUAGAUCGUAAAUGAAUUUUGCCGGUUUUCAAAGCCAAAAGGAGGAACCUCUCUCCAGCUGGCGUCGCACCAACAGUGGGAAUUUACGCUUCAUUUCUCGAUCCGCAGAUCGUGGAACCUUUCAGGACCUCGCAUGUACACGAAAGACCUGCGAGUCUCAUCCAAAAGCAAGGGUCGACACGGAUUUGUGUCGGUUGUUCUGUUCCCUUCUUUUUUUGCACAAACCAAGCAACACCUGCCAGUCUCAUCCAAAAAGAGCCGACUUGGAUGUCGUGUCGUGUCGUGUCGUGUCGUUUUUUUUUUUUUUUUUCCUUUUUCUUUUUUUCGCCCGCCGUUUUCGCCCGACCUUUUGCUGUCAGCCAGACUCUCUUGCGGCGGGGGGGGGGAGCACGGCGGGAGCGGGCCUCCGACGAGGCCGGGGCUACCCCGGGCAAACACAAAAAAAACAAAAAGAAAGAGACAAGGGACAACGUACACACACGUUUACCAUAGUCGCUUCCACACGCGAAGGAAGUGAAUCCAGAAGCCGACACGAACAAUCAUUUUUAAGAACCGUUACAAUUCACAUCGACACCGAUGCGUUACAUCCCUCCUGCCAUCGCAACCCUCUGUGAUUCAGACAACGCAAAACUGGCCCCCUCCGAGAUGCAACAAUCAGGUUCAAGCAGACACUUAAUAAAGCAACUCUCGUUCCUGCUUUGCUGUAGAGAACCAAUAACUCAGCGCGACGGUCGUCCCCCAUGGCUCAAGACUUUGCCGGAAGUUUUAUGC